AUGAAGGGCAUGCAGCUAUUUGUGUUGAGCUGUAUUGUGCUGCUCCUGAGGUUUCCUCUCUUCUGCUAUAACUCUGCGAUCUCCGAUAGUAUGACUAUCACUGGUCAAGGUGUUACAUUGGAAAGACUCAUUCAACGCAACUCCAAUCAUGAGAUCCAUCGACAUGGGUUGGCGUACUGCACUAAGACGCUAUACAACAUGGGAGGUAAAGUAGAGACUUUUGGACCUGUAUGUCAAGUACAGAAAUUUUGCAAUGGAAUGCAGUGGCCAGUCUUGACAGAUGAGGUAUUGGCGGAUGAUGAGCGAAAUGGUUCUAACGCUCGUAUCACACAGCAUGCUUGCCCUCUGUGUUUGUACGGGUACAUUCUCCCAGCGGUUCCACAGGAGUUCGAAGGCACCCCUAUGGAUUUUUGUGCUCUUUUACCGCCAGAAUUCUAUCCCUGCCCGUUUCCUGUCUUGCCUCGCGACGGAUCUGGUCCACCCAGAGCGGGACCAUGCUGGGAGCCUAUCAUCAAUGGCACUCGACUGAAUUAUACUGGAACAGGGGUUGUACAGAGCUGGCCAAGAGGGUAUGAUUAUUUUGCUGAGACAGAAGAGAAGGCGAAAAGGAAGAGCAAGAAAAGGAUUUAUGCAAAUCGUCAGGUCAAGGUGCUCCAGCCAAGACGGACGUUCGAGGAGGGGUUGGAUUGA